GGAAUUGUUGAGAUUGAUAUCAAAAUCAGAGGGAAAGGGCAUUGAUAGGAAAAUAUCAAUGAAGAAUGGCAACAGCAUUGGGAUCAGGAGACAAGGGGGAGAGAUUUAUAUUCAACUCAAAACAGAGCAGGAAGUGUAAAAAAAAAAAAACAGGGUAGAAACAGAAAAGAAGAGGUCGUAAUAACGAGAUUAAGAAUAGGAUGAAUAAUCUACACAGCACACUUCAUGUUAUAGAUGAGCAACCAACCUGUCUUAGUAAACAUUGUUAGGUUUCAGAAGCUACAGAACAUGUUAUCAUCAACUGCAAUAAAUAUUUGUCAGAAAGGAGGGACAUGAUGGAGGAAAUGGAAAGAUUAGGGAUAGCAGGAACAUAAUUGAAGAGCAUACUGGUGUGCGGUGCUAGUGGACAGGGCAGAAGAUGCUGGAUCAGGUGGUUGAUCAGAACAGGGCUGAUAAGAAAAAGUGUAGCAAUCAGGACACAGUAUGAGUUAAUUGACUUCCGUUCAACAUCAAAGGAGAAGAAGGAGGAGGAGGCGGAGGAAGGGGGAAAAAAUCAUUCAUACUCAUGGAUCCAUGUUCAUGCCCAGAUGUUUUGUGUCUUGUGUCUUGUGAUUGUCUUGUGUGUAAUUUUUAAAGAAUCCAGUAGAUGGUGGUAAUGAAACAUUGACUCUUGGUGUUGCUUAAACUCGAAGAAGAAACUACUCACGACUGCAAAUUCUGUAAUGCGACAUGUCGAAAACAAGCUGGCUGACAUCCAUGGCUGAAAUGCGGCAUUACUGAGCAAUACUUGAUGUUGUGGAGUUGUUGAUAAAACGAGAAAACUGUCACAUCAGGCUUCUACUCACGGGUUUGUCCAGGGAUCCUGCCCCCCAAAAAAGCGAUGCUGGUCACCGUUUUCUGCGCACCGAGGGAUCGCCCAGAAACCACCUUCGCCCUCGAUGUGUCUCCAGAGCUGGAGCUGAGAGACUUUGUAGCACUUUGUGAACUGGAAUCAGGAAUCCCAGCUGGGGAAAUUCAGAUCACAUAUGUAGAACAGCCCCUAAAAGACCCCACUCGUGCCUUGGGGACCUAUGGUGUAAAGGAUGGAGAUGUGGUGGUUCUCAGGCAAGCAGACAGAAGGCCGCCGCCGACUCAGCCAGCCUUCCCAGGUCUGCCCCAUAUUGACUUUCGUUCCAUCACAGUUCCGGGCACCUCUUCUUCAACCAGUCAACGUGGUGCCAUAAGGCCGCAGCAACCGGCCCCACAGCCAGCGCCGCAGAUGACGCCUCCACAGCGUGCUGCACAACCCUCCACGCCAACAGCCUUUCGCGGCUCCUCUCCUCAGGGGCUGGAUGACCCUGCCUUACUUCAGCAGAUGCUGUUAUCCAAUCCACACGAGCUGUCACUCCUCAAGGAGCGAAACCCGCCACUCGCUGAGGCCCUGCUGAGCGGAGACUUAGAACGUUUCACCAAAGUGCUGCUGGAGCAACAGCAGGAUCGAGCCAAGAGGGAGCAGGAGAGAAUCAGACUUCUGACUGCUGAUCCUUUUGAUUUGGAAGCGCAAGCAAAGAUUGAGGAGGACAUCAGGCAGCACAAUGUGGAAGAAAAUAUGACCAUUGCAAUGGAGGAGGCUCCAGAAAGCUUUGGACAGGUGGUUAUGCUCUACAUUAACUGCAAAGUCAAUGGGCACCCCGUGAAAGCUUUUGUUGACUCAGGAGCCCAGAUGACCAUCAUGAGCCAAGCGUGCGCCGAACGCUGUAACAUCAUGCGCCUGGUGGACCGACGCUGGGCAGGGAUCGCCAAGGGAGUGGGCACCCAGAAGAUCAUUGGCAGAGUUCAUUUGGCUCAGGUCCAGAUAGAGGGGGACUUUCUACCUUGCUCUUUCUCCAUCUUGGAGGACCAGCCGAUGGACAUGCUGCUUGGCCUGGAUAUGCUGAAGAGACACCAGUGUUCGAUCGACCUGAAGAAGAGCGUGCUUCUAAUAGGCACUACAGGCACUGAAACUCGCUUCCUGUCUGAGGCAGAGCUGCCAGAGUGUGCUCGACUGGCAUACGGGGCAGAGGGGCGUGAAGACGCCCGUCCAGACGAGAUAGCUGACAGAGAACUGGCAGAGGCGCUUCAGAGGUCCAUACAGGAAAGCGGACAGCACUGAUGCAUUUGGAGACAGCUGGAGAGGGCCCUACCAACCAGACACUGCAGAUGGACAAACUACCUCACCGCAGCCCCCACCAUUUACAUUA